GUAUGCUGAGCCUCCCCGUACAACCCAACAUCAUCUUUAACCAUCACCAUCAUUCUUUCUCAUCAUCACCGUCAUUGUCAGCGUGUGAUGGCGGCAAGCAAAGGGGGCUGAUAAUAGGUUCAUAGCACUCUGAAACAUAUCCCUUGGGCAUGACUACUACCUAGUACCUACCUGCCAUUGUCUUCGACCUCUCCGCGAUAUAGGAUAUAGUAGUUAUAACCCCACCCUCGAGUCCCCGUGGUCGGUUCAAACCAAGAACCAACUUGACAAUUCCGAAAUCCCCACUACCCAACCAACCGCCCAUAACCUGAGUAUGCCGGCCGCACCACCGAAAGCCAUAAUCUUCGUUGCCAACCACGGCAACGACCCGACGGAGGUAGCUGUGCCAUGGUCGGAGCUCAAAGCCGGCGGGUGCGCCGUCACGUUCGCGACCGAACACGGCGAUAUCGCUGCGGCGGACCCCGUCACGGUCCAGCAGACACUGUUCGCGUGCGUGCUCGGCGCGACGUCGACUGCAACUUCCACGUACAGGGACAUGCUGGCGUCGGCCGAGUUUAACAAUCCGCUCUCGUGGAGCGACGAGGGUUUUGAUAUUCUCGGAUACGAUAUCGUGAUUCUCCCCGGCGGCCACGACAAACCGAUCCGGCAGUACCUGGAGUCUAAGACCUUGCACAGGCAACUAGGGCGAUUCCUGCCGUACACUCAGCGCAGCAGCAGCACCACCACCACCGGCGCCGCCAACACCGACACCGACACCAACAACACCAACGACCACAACGACAGCAGCACCACCACUACUACCCAACCGCAAAAGAAAGUGCUGGGCGCGAUAUGCCAUGGCGUGCUACCACUCGCAUUUGCAAAGUGUCCGGGCAGCAGGGAGAGGGAGGGAAACACACUACUGGGCGAGUAUCGACUGCAGACCACGACGCUACCGAAGUGGAUGGAGGCCACGGCGUGGGUUGCGAGUCAGGCGUGGCUGAUGGGCAGUUAUUACCGCACCUAUAUCGAGCGGGGAGCGUGGACUUGUGGCGAUGUCGAACAAGCGGGUGGGAUCCUUAUUAACGGACCAAUGAGUACAAAGCCAUUCGUGCAUAUAGAUCCGAAUCACCGUUACAUCUCGGCACGUUUCCCGGGGGAUGCUGUGCUGUGGGCUCAAACUAUUCUGAAGGAGGCAAGGGAGGCGCUGGGAGAGUGGUAGGCUGGUACCGUUACUUUCUUUGACAGAGACUGGCGCAUAACUACAACGUAUGUAGGUGCCAGGGACACAUACGAAGGACGACUCACGAGUGAUAUCGGGGGUACUCUACUCUACGGCACUCUGAGCUCGGAGCUUGUGGGGAGCUUGGGGAGGAGAUUGAGCGGGAAAGAGGUGUGCAGGGGAUCUUUUUUCCAUUUUUUUUCAAUUUUUUUUCUUCAUAGUUGUUUUGUUAUGUGUGUGAUGGCGUUGGGUUAGAUGUGGAUAUUGAUGUGAGGUUUAUGCAACUCGAUAUUGAAACGUUGGAACGGAGAG